AUGUCGUUCUCACGAAAUCGAACCAAUUUCAACCUGCUUGAUGAUGUGGACGACGAGGACAGACUUCCUGGCGAGGACGACAAAAGUGUUUUGUUUCAAACAACAGGAACAACUCUACGUAAUGCACCGCGACUAGUUGGCAGCCAAAUAGUCAACCAAGAUUUAAUCCAAGAACGAAGAAAUAAAGCCCUAGAAGCAUUGUUAGCGGUGCGAGAAGAGGGUGAUAAAACGAAAGGGCUAACACUGCUCAAUAGCCUAACCAGCAGUCCCGUCACAGACAUCAUCCCUGCAAGUGCAGCAUCCCAAGCAGUGGAAGAGUCUGAAGUUCUUCCUCCGGUGGCAAAAGAGGCAUUGGCCGAAGCUGACAACCCAAAUGUAACAAAUCAAGUGCCGGCCAGGGGACGGAGGUGGUUUGGAAAAGCCCAGGCACAACCUACUACUAUGGCCGACUUCAAACGCUUUAUGCCCCUUCAACUUGAGCAUCCUCCGCAUCCAGCUGGAGAUCGCAGUAAUGCAUGGUUUAAGGAUGAAUAUGCCAAUUUGUUUUUAGCGAUAGUCAGGUUUGCUACAGAGUUUUUUGGGUUUCAAGAAUUACAGGAAGGGUUUCACGAACCCUGGGCUAUUAAGAUGCCGGAGGAGUUUUACAGAUACGUGGAACUUGUUGCUGAGCCAGAUGCUGUAGUUGGAGGAUGGGAUGAGAUGUUGCUCGAUACGAGUACAAGAAAAUAUCUCAUUGUUGGUAUUAUUGUAAAGAUAUUAGAGGCCAGGGUUUUUUCGUCAGUUCUAUGGGGAAACACUAAAGAGGGGGAAGAAUUUCUUCAUGGUUUAGAUCGUGCACUUCUCGAUGGUGAAGGCUACAGUCGUCAGGACCUCCGCCACAGAUCUAUUCGCACUCUCUUGGGCGGAGCAUCUCUGACCCCUAAUUUUCACAAGGAUUGCACAAAAUUGACCGCCCAAGUACUACUCCUCUUCAUGCCUCUCUUCAACUACCUCACGCUUCUUCCUGCCGGUCCCGAAACCGUCACCCCCAAAGCUACAGCCCUAUACCAAGCCCUCCACAACAUAUUCUCCAGCGCCGCUUACCUAUCCAUCUGCAUCCGCAUCUCCCCAACCAUAAUCCACACCGUCUCUCUCCUCCCCGGCACCGCCUACAAACCCGACGAACACACGUCCAUUCUCCAAAACUCCUGGACCUUAUCCAAAACCGUCGUUCAAAACAACUGGAACCGAGAUCACGAAGAAUUGGAAAUCGAACGCGCGAAAGCAGAGGGUUAUGUGCUCGGCUACAGGAAUGCAGGCAAGGCACGCCUUGAAUCAAACGCCGGUCUAAGAGCUCUUCGUCGCCUUCAAGAUGUGCAAAAGAAACUGGCAGAUCAUAACCCUCCCGGUUUUACGCACGAGGCAGGGGUCAAAAUUGCAAUCUGGCCCGUCACGAAGAGAUACUGGGCGGGAAAUUCAAAGCCGGGUGGUGAUAUGGAUGGUCAGAGCGUGUUUGACGUCACGACUGCGGGAGCGGUAUUUUACUACAAAGAAAAAGGUAAACCCGUCGAACCACUUCUAGAUUUCGUGGCAGAGAAGAAAAAGAAAGUGGGUGGGAGAUAUAAGGGAGUUAAGGAUCUCUUGGCCGUUUUGGCUCUGUUAUCCCUGGGUGCAUUGCUGGUUCUCUUGUAUGUGGUUGGAUGGGCAGCGUUGGUCGCUUGGCUUACAGGUUUUCUCGCUGCGAUUACGAAGUCCUUGAGAGAGUCGGUAGUGAGGGGAAGAGAAACGGCGGUUAGUGCUUACGAAUACACUGGAUCACCUGGCUCCGACUGGUUCGGGAAAAGAAGAGAACACCCGAUUCCGGAUUAUCAAACAGCAUAUUCAGAUGCAAAGGAAGGUGUCAGAGGAGAGUUUCAAAAAGGUGCUUCGAAGGUGGAGGAUCUAGCUGGUGAUGCAUAUGAAAGAGUAAUAGCCAAAGCUAAAGACGGCGUCAAAGGUGGCUAUGAUGCGUACGCAACCCGGAAAGCACAAGCGGAAGACGUCAUUGAGAAUGCAUCUUCAAAAGCCAAAAGUGCAGGCAGAGUAUACGAGAAAGCGACGGAUAAAGCGAGCGAGAGAGGCGGCCAGAAGUUCCGGCGAGAAAAUCGCAUCGAAAGCUAA